AUUAAAUUUAGACAAUGUCGCUGCAAAAAGCUAAAGUAAUUGACCAAAAGGAGUACUUGAAGAAAUACCUCUCGGGCGACAAAGAGAAGAAGAAGAAAAAGAAAGACAAGAAGCAUAAAAAGGCCGCCAAAGUAAAAAUCAUAGACGACGAUGCCUACGAAUCCAAUGGCCAGGAAAUGGAUGAGGAUCUUCUGUUUGGUGGCGAAGAUGCACCUCAAAUUGUGGCCGAGUACAUUGAGGACGAUCCAAGUGCUCGCAGCAAAUGGCGCAACAUCGCCGUAAAGGACGAAAUCAAAGAGGAAAGCGGCGGAUCCCCUCCAGCGGCAGCUAUACGCAUCAAACAAGAGCCCCUAGACGACGAACAGGAUAUGUGGGGCCGCAAGGCUGCUGAUGUUAAAGUGAAAGAUGAACACUCUCCCCCACGUAGACAAAUAAAGCAGGAGAAGCGAAGCAAGUCCAGGGAUUUGAGCCCCGAGAGGUCAAGAAAGAAGAAAAGCCAUCAAGAUCAAAGUCCUCCUAGGAGAAAACCUAACCGAGAUCGUUCACCACGUGGUAGGAGUCCUCCAAACCGGAGUAGAAAAGACUCGGACCAAUCGCCGCCUAGAAGAGCAAGGGAUAGUCCCCCAAGAAGACGCCAAGAUGCAUCUCCCGUAAGAAAAAGAAGAAGUUCAGAUCAAAGCCCGCCAAGAACACGAAGAGACGAUGACCAGUCGCCGCCGAGAAGGAGAAGAAACGAAUCAGAUCAAAGCCCGCCUCGAAAACGAAGAGAACAGUCUCCUGUUCGGAGAAGAAGGGAUUCCGAUCAGAGUCCGCCAAGGAAACGAAGGGAUGAUGAUCUCUCUCCACCCAGAAGGAAAAACGUGUCCACUAAAAGCCCACCUAGACGUAGCCAAGACGACGAUCAAUCUCCUCCCAGAAGAAGGAGAAAAGACUCAGAUCAGAGCCCACCACGCAGAAGAAGAGAUUCAGACCAGAGUCCGCCACGGCGCCGACGUUCCAGUAGCGGGGAACGGAAACCUCGUCGGGAUCAGAGCUCGCCUCCUCGCAAUCGGUUCAAAAAAGAAACGGAAAGGAAAAGCCGGUGGGCCAAGGAAUCCCCCAAAAGGUCUCUUUCUCCGCCGCCCACCCACAAGCCAAAAUCCACCAAGACGCUUGAUGGCAAAAAGGCGGGUCUACAGGAUGCCAAGUCUCUCAAGAAAGAAUCUGAUGAAAGGCGCCGCCAGGAACAUGACUUAUUUGAUAAAAUGUCCAGCGAGGUAUCCGGUCGAGAUGCAGAAGUUCAGAUGCGCAGCACUGGUCGGAAAGGACGCAGGGCUCGCGAUGCGGCCGACGAGGAUCCUGCCGAGCAGCGCCGCAAGGAGGAGCACGAGAAGAAAAAGAAGGAACUGUACGAUCGUUGGGGCAAGGGUCUCAAGCAGAUCGAGGAUCAUAAGUCGCGCAUGGAGGAGAUGGCACACGAGGCGGCCAAACCGGUGGCACGUUACGCCAACGACGAGGAUCUGGACCGGCAUCUGAGGGAGCAGGAGCAUGCGGACGAUCCUAUGCUGGAGUACAUACGUUCCAAGAGGAAAAAAAUCGAUCAACAGUCGAAUAAGCCGGUGAUUCCAAAGUACGAGGGCAGCUACCCGGAGAACCGCUUUGGCAUCCGACCAGGUUAUCGAUGGGAUGGCGUGGAUCGAUCCAAUGGCUACGAAAAGCGCUGGUUUGACAAGCAAAACGAAAAGCGGGCGGUGCAGGACGAGGCCUACAAGUACAGUGUGGAGGAUAUGUAGAUUUUUAUAUCCCCUACCUUGUUUUAGAUUUUUAUA